CUUCACACUACUCACCAUGGCUUUUCAUCUCACAAACCUUCCAACUCACAGACUAUUCUCUCUUGUUUUCUUUUUCCUGUUGGCCACAAAUAUAAACUCAGCUCAACCACUUUCCUUCAAUUUCAACAAACUCACCAAUGGUAAUCCAGAAUUAAUCCUUCAAGGGGACGCCCAUUUUGUAGACGGUGGUUUUGUGGCACUCACCAACAGAAAACCUCCAGCUACAACCACAGGGCGUGCCUUAUAUAAAACACCUGUGACCCUUUGGAACGAUACUACUGGCCAAGUUGCCAGCUUUAACACUUCCUUUUCGUUCGUUGUAGAAUCCCCGGAGAAACAACAUUGUCCAACUGAUGGACUGAUCUUUUUCAUUGCACCCCUGGACACCGUGAUUCCCAAUAACUCAGACAGUCUAUAUCUAGGAGUAGUUGAUGGUAAAAAUGCAAUAAAUCGAUUUGUUGGUUUAGAGUUUGACCUUUAUCCCAAUUAUUUUGAUCCCUAUAUGAGACAUAUUGGAAUCGAUGUCAACUCUUUAAUUUCGCUCAAAACUGAGAAAUGGAAUUGGGUGAGUGAUUCAUUGACAAAAGUAACUAUAACAUAUGACUCUCCUUCUAACGAGUUGAGUGCUCUUGUCACUUACGAGAAUGGAGAAUACACUAGCAUUGCACAAGCGGUUGAUUUGAAAACUGUGCUUCCCAACAUUGUUAGGAUUGGUUUUUCUGCUACUUCAAAAACUGGUGUAGCACACAACAUUCAUUCAUGGUCAUUCGCAUCAGACUUGGAAACAACUAUAAGCAGUGUCUCAGACAUAUGAAUGAAUAAUAUUAUUACAGUACAGGCUAUGCCUACUUACCAGCAGCUUGUAAUAAUUAACUAAUAUUUCUAAAUAAUGACCCUGCUUACUAGCAGCUACGUGUAAUUUCUUAUAAAUUAAAGACCAUGCUUUUCUACUAUGUUUCAGUUAAAUUUUC